AUGGCACCUGAUGUCGCAUUCAGUAAUAUCAGUGACAAGAAUGAAUUCACCAAAUUCACAAAGUUUUUAGCGUAUAAAGGAGUACAAGUGAUCGUAGAAUCUAGAAAAGGAGUCAAGAUAGAACCGUACAGCAAACCAGUGUCCAAUGAUUCGGACUGGUUCAACUUACAAAUACCAGAUUCACCAGAAGUCAAUCAGGCUACAAAGAAUGCUCUGCCAUCUGACAGAGUUUUGGAAACAAUUAGAUCUCAAUUACACGUCGAAAUAUCAGUACAAACUGAAGACGGUGAUGAAAUGGUAUUAGAACUGUGGACAUUAGAAUUAGACGAUACGCAAUUCGAUACUUCUUUGAAGGCAAUGAAUACAGUAUACUUCAGAAUGGGAAUACUAUUAAAAUCCUUAAUAACAAUCACCAGAAUAACACCGGCAUAUCAUCUGUCCCGCAAACAGCGAACAGAAUCUUUUACUAUAUUCUACAGGGUUUACAACGGUGAACCCAAAAUAAAAGCUUUGGGAGAGAAUGUUAAAAAAAUUCAAGCUGGUUCACUAAAAACACCUUUAGGUGGAAUUUGUUUCUCUGUCCAAUAUCGUACAAAUUUCUCCAUAUCACCAAACAGAUCCGAAAAGAACAAAGAUUUGAUACUAAAAAGCGAUCAUUUUGAAUUAAGUCCAAAACAUGUGAUUUUUGAUUCGAAAAAACCGAAAGAUCAAAGAGAAAAGGAAUAUAAACCUCUGAAGCCGAUAGACUUAAACAAACCUUUACGUUUUGCCGCAUUUGUAGACGAAGCUCUUGUGCAACGAGCAUUCGAGGAAUUCCUGUUAAAAAUACCUAUACCGAAAUUCAAUACACACUUCAGACAAAAAUUUCAAACCAAAGACAACGAUGCGGAGUCGAAGAGUACACAAGACUUAGAUGUCGACGUAAUCUCUAAGAGUCCAACCUCAUACGAGUCACCACCAAAAAAAUUUUCAGGGUUCAGAAGCGAGAAUGAACCGCCCUUGAAACUUCUCUAUUUCCCAUUUGCUGACCACCAUCCUAUAAGAGAACUAGCAGAGUUCUACAAAGACUUCUUUAACGCACCUCACUUGAAGCUCUCUGAGGAAUUGAUUCAAAAGUCUAAAGACAGUGAAUCGCUAAAAGAAGAGAUAGAACUUAUGAACGAGGAUCUAUCUAAAGAUCUUGAGGUAUAUGAGAGUUCCGUACUGGAAUUCGACAAACUACUGGAAGAUAUGUGCCGGUCGGCCGAGUGGAGUGGAUAA